CACUCAGUUCUCGGUGGCCGUCCGUGCCCACAGCAUCACUCGGACAGCAUCGGAUACAGUGGCUGAAGGACCACACGCCUCACAGGUCACAGGGUCAGCCGUGUUCAUGGCCCAGCUGAGCCUGGCACCUCGUGUUUGGUUUGGCGUCGCGUGACAUUUAGUGACGGAUUAGGGUAGCAAAGGGGGUGUCAGUGAGAGUGUAGGCCCAGGCGACUGAUAAUUCUCCCGAUAAGUGAGAAGUGGCAACGUCCAUAAGUUAGACUUGGCCCCGCCCUUGAGCACGUGCCCACCAAGAUGGCUAACGUUGGGGUGGUGGGUCAGACGUCGGUCAUGACCCAGAGCUUCCAUCAUCAGGAGGUCAAGACCCAGCACUCCGAGCGUCUGGAGCGCCUGGACCUGAAGACGCCCGAGGGCGACCUCGGCGACGUCGAGGCCGACUUUCAGAGUCUCGUGAACGAAAUGGCGAGGGACAGCAGCUCCGUGAAGAGCUUUUCGAGCUCGACUCAGGAGUCGUUCAGCUCCAAGCAGGUUAUGCAGCAGUCGUUCAGCAGCAGCAGCGUCAGCAGCUCAAAAACGAGCUCGAGUGUCAGCGUCAACGGCGGCUCGAGUGCGCCGAAACUGACCCACGUCCCUGCUGGGCCGCCCAAGGAGCCCCCUCCUCCUCCUCCCUUCGCUGCGGCUGCCACGGAGAAUGGCAUUGUGACAGCCAGGCUGGCACAGGUGAUCCCUGACGAAGAUGGCGUAAUGAGAGAGACCCAGCGCGGCGGCGGAGAGUCCGAGAUCGUGGUCGAGCAGCCCAUCAGGGUGAAGGACCGCAUCAAGAAGAUCGAGAGACAGCUGUCCACCGAGGACAUUCCGAGCGGCCCUCCGGAGGUGAUCAUGCCUCGAGGCCGCUCCGGCUCCGUGCGAAACAUCGCCGAGCAGUUCAUGCAGGCCGAGGAAGGCCAGCAGCAGCCUCCUCCUGCACCCUCGGUGAACGCCGCGGCCUUCAAGAACGUGAAGGAGAUCGCCGAGUCCUACACCUCGGAGUCCGGCGCGGACGCGAGCGCGGCGAAGACCGCUUUGGCCGGCGAGUUCAAGAGCGUGAAGGAGAUGGUGAGCACGUUCUCGCAGCAGGAGGAGAGCACGUCCACCAAGAAGGUGGAAGGAGACUUCAAGAGCGUCAAGGAAACGGCCUCCAUCUUCCAGGAGCCCAUCCAGCCCAUGGCGGCCCCCAUCCGGCCUCCCCCGGCCUUCCUGACCGACGGAGAAACCGCCGAGAUCGAGAAGCAGAUCGAGCAAGUGGAUCCUGUGGCGGUGCUGCCUCCUGCGACCAUGGCGAGGAACGCGCCGCCCGUUCCUCCGCCCAAGCCGCCCGCGCCCGCUGCCCUGCCAGUCCCCGAGCCCGCAGCUGCACCUUCCCCGCCCCGCCCGGAGCCUCCAGUGAGCGAGGCACCUGCUCCAGCCGCCCCUGAGCCUGUCCUUGAGCCGGCACCCGUCCCCGUUUAUGAUUAUGCCCCUGCACCUGAGCCCGCCCCCGCGCCCGCACCCGCCGCGCCGGAGCCAAUAGUGCCCGCCCCCGAGCCCGCCCCUGCUGUCCCACCCAGAGAUGCCAAGCCCACCGAGCCACCCCCAGUGCCUUGGAGGAAGAACCGCGAGGAGAAGGCAGUGCCGCCGCCAGCCGAGAAGCCCGCUAAGGCAGAGAAGGCCGCGCCGCCUCCGGCUCCCGAGAAGCCCGCUCCGGUGCCUGCUGCAGUGACAACCAGCGAGACCGACAAAGUGUUCGAGGAGGCUCUUGCGGAGAUCAACAAGUACUCGGAGACUUUGUCGCAGACGUCCACUGAGAGCCGCUCGACCUCCGCCGAAACCGUCGUCCAGCAGCCUAUUCAGUACUCGGCGCAAGUCAAGUGUGAAGUUAGGUCAAGAGUCACAACGCCGGAGGUUCCUGCCCAAGUGCAGGAACAGCAGCAGGUCAACAGUAGUCAGACGACUGUCAGCAGCACCAGCACUCGACGGAGUAGGAGCGAGACGAGGACCUCGACGGCCACCAGCGCCUCCUCGCUCUCGGCCACUUCCGUGGGCAACCUCAGUAGCUCGGCCUCGAAAACGUCUGCGACCAAGACCUCGACCCCCAACAUCAGCUCCUCCAGGGCAGCAGCGAAACCCCCCAAGUUCGAGCCCUCUGAGGUCACGCCUCCCAAGUUCAGCCUCCUUCGCAGUGCGAGCACAGGAAGCGUGUCGAGUGCAGUGUCCAGUUCCAGCAUGAAGCACGCAGGCAGCGACAAGGACCUGCCCAAGUUCAAUGUCAAGAAGGUCAAGAAUGGUCUGGCCACGAAUACCCGAGUGUGGUCACCUGGAAGGACAGACGAGAAGGACUCCUCUGGUCCCUCCAAGAUCGAUGUCCCUGACCUUCCUUCAUUCAAGGAUCAACCCACAGUCUGGAGUCCCGGCAGAGGAAAGACCCCGCCUUCGCGAAGCCCGAGCACGAGAGCCGACUACGCAGGAUACUCUCGUCGCGUAACCCGAGACGAUGAAAUAGAUAUUAGAUACCUCGAAGGUCUUUUCCGUUCUCUGUUUUCACCCGACCAAUUUGAGCGAGCUGGCAGCGCGAGCCCGAGUCUGGGGCGGAAGGAGUAUCGGAAGAUCACAUACGAAGGCACCUUGCAGAAGCGGCCGUCGCAGGAGAAUGUCUCAGCCCCGCGCCCCGAGGAAAGCUUUGCCUGGAAGGACAGAGAGAUUGAAAGGGCGCUGAAGUCCCCGACGUCUACGCUGCCCAAGGUGCAAAACCCGACGGUCACGCUCCUGCAGAAGAAACGAGAUGACCCGCAUUCGACCUCAGAUGGACAGAUUCCUGGAAAGCGGCCGGAAUACCUGAAGGGUGAUGAUUAUGGUCCCUCUUAUAAACCAGAUGAUAAGUUGUACACCAUUAAGAGAGAGUACGAGUCAGAAGACGAGGAAGGCAAUCGCCGCUUUGCUGUCCUCGGGCCCAAGAAGGUUCAUGGUGUUGGCCCAACCACCAACGACGGAGUUCCUACCACACUUAAAUCGGGUGUGAAGUCUGAACACCAAGGAGAGUGGUAUCGCAGGAUGUUCGAUUCUCUACAUAAAGUUAAAGAUGACGAUCACGUCAUCAUCAAAUACAAAUGCCCACGAGCCCGCUACGGGGGCUACAUGUCGGAGCCCGAAGGCUACGACUCCGACGUGGGCUCCUCGCGCUACGCCACCCUCGACCGCCGCCGCAUGCACCACUUCGAUGCCGACCCCAUGAGCUCCAGCCUGCCAAGGAAUACCAACCGCUACGUCCACCAGCCCGGCCGCAUCGAGGACUACGUGCCAGGCCGUUCCUCACUCUCGGAGAAAGAGCAAAAGAAGAACCCGGAGGCUGAAAUUAAACUCGAGGCCAAGUCUCAGGAGCCCCCGCCGGUGUCCGUCAACCACAGGCUCGGGUCGCAGAAGAUGUCAAUGACCCAUGCCCUGAAGGAGUCUGGAUACGAGAGCGAUAGUACGUUGGUGUUCCGUAAGCGAGAGGACGCUCGCCGUCAGCCCCCCGACCCGAGGAAGACCAGCCAGGUGUACCGUCAGAUCCAGCGCGGUGGCGACAUCCCCCUGACCGGCCUGCAGAAGACUGCUCCCCCGAAGCAGAAAGACGACUACUACGUGGUGUACUCUGACCUGGACCUUGGUCUGCACCACCCAUCCCUCUCCGACCUGGCCUACGCCCGUGUCUCACCAAGAGCCAUGUCACCACCGGCCAAGCCUCCAGUGCCAACCUUUGGGGAACGGAAAAGGUCGGCACCCUCCAAAGUGUCUCUGGCCCCGUCGCCUCCACGCCGCAUAUCGUCCAAGUGGCACCCAUCCCUCAUGAAGGCCUACAAGGACCGACCUCCCAUCCCUUCCCCGCGGUCCACCUCGGCCGAACGAGUGCGAGAGACGCGAGCUCUGUAUUCCACAUGGCAUCGCGAGAAGGUCGCCCGCUCCAGGGAGAAGCUGGGCUCCUCUCCUGCCAGAACCAAUUCCCUGGGACGAACAUCCUCGUCAGCCAAGCAAUCCAGCGAGGUUCGGGAGAACUUCCUGAAGGAGCGUCGUGCUGUUUCAGAGUCACGUUUUACUCUCGAGGAUCGUGAGAAAUCGCCACCUCGAAGAACGCCUUCGCCCCCCAAGGCUAGUUCCCCCGUUAGACAGACUGAUGGUCGUGAAAAACUGCACCACAGAACCUCCCUGAAAGAUGUAUCGCCAGACAAAGCUGGGACGUACAGGAUCAAGGUUCAGGAGCCACUUGUAACCAAAGGCCACAGCAGGGUCCUCAGUGCUGAUGCACAGAGAAAAUGGUCCAACACCUCAACAGAGAGCGGGAUGUAUAGUGUCACACGACACACAGUGAGUAGCAUGAAUAAAAUCAGAAGACCAUCGCAGCAAAAUGCGGUUGACAGCCGAAGUAGCAGUGCAGAUGCCACCUGUAGGAGGAGACGAAGCAGCUGCUUAUCCCCAGAGCCACAGCUAGCUUCCAGGAAAUCGCCAGUAGGUCGGAAGGACAGCCGUCACAGAGAGUCACCCUAUUCAGAUGUGUCUCUGGAAGUUGCUGAUGACAAGAAGCUAAAACAGAGUGAAAGCUUUGACACAACCCAAAGUAAUGAGACAGGGUACUCCAGCAUGCUCGACCUUUCACCCUCACCUGUGCCAGACAGGAGGACCGAGGAGCGUCGAGCAAGGAAAAAGUCAGAAUCUCCAGUGCGGCCUCACUCAGCCCCUUCCCCAAGGCGCUCUCGCUAUUCGCACUCCUUCAGCGAACAGAGGAACAAGUGGGAGGCCAUAACACGGGGUGAGGCUGUGGGUCGCAGGUCUCGUAGCCCAUCAAGAAGCACAUCGCCGCUUCGGUCCCUCCAGCUGGUGCGGCAAGUGAGCAGCAGCUUCAGGAACAUUCCAGCAGAAGUCUUUUCAGAGUCACGUCGGAGUAGGAGUCUGGAGGUACUGACCCCCUCGCCACACUCUCACCCCCAGCGCUAUCGCCAGUACAUCCUGGAGUUAAGAAAUGCCGCUCCCCGCAAUGCUCGCAUCUCACAGCUACGGCGCUUGUUUACAUCGCUUGAGCGAGUCCAUCGCCUCGAACGCUCGGUGAGUACCGUGGAGCUCUCUGCAGCAGAUAAUCGCGCCCAUGAAAUUAUAGAUUUCGAGACAUGGAAGAGUAUGCGUGAAAAGGAAAGAAAGGCUCUUGAAUAUAAUGUACUCCUGAAGGAACUGAAUGUGGCUCAGAAGGAGCGAGAGUUCCUUUAUAAAGUUACUCCGGAGAAAAAAUGGGCCGGUGACUGUCGACUUCGAGGCCGUGACGUGAGUGUCCCAGAGCUUCGUGAGAAAUUUGAUUCACUCACAGAUAACAGUUCCGAGAUCUCACAGAAGCGACGCCAGGAGUUAGAGAACUCCAAGGACACGUACCGAGGAUUGUGGCGUGGCUCCUCGGUUCGGGAUGUGUCGCGGAUGUACGAGAGUCCCGAGCGAAGCCGCAGUAGCAGGCGCGGUUCUAGUCUGAGUCUUUCACGUGAAGAUUCGGGUAUAAGAGCUCGUGGCCUUUGGACCAGCCUCAGCCUGGAGCAAGUCAAUGCCUUUCGUGACCACCUCUCGGAAAUCUACGGCUCCAUGCAGAAUGUCCGUUCUUGGCGAGAGAGGAAGCAGAUGAGUAUGGAGAGGCCACCCAACAAGAGUCAACGUGAGCUUGCCAAAUACAGCGUGGACGUCUCAGAGACAGGGCGCGUCCUGGCAGAUAAGCUGCGGACCCUGCAUGUGCGCCCGCCGCCAGAGUCCACCAGAAGGCCUCCCUCCAGGCAUUCAUCACCUCCAAGGGCUGCGAAGAGUUCCACUAAUGUUCAUCAGUACGAGGAUCAGCGACGUCAGCUCUCAAAGCAGCUGUCCAUAGAAUUUCAGGAGAAGGUAAAGGAGCAAAAGUCAGGUCAUAGACUGGAAUCGACACCUGCCAUGCUGGACAGUCUGCAAGUGCCGGAGCAUCCAACGUCGGUCAGUCCAGAGAGUCUGUCUCGCUCUUCACCCCGCACCUGUUACUCCCUCGACAUUUCGGACUCGUCGGAACCCAACUCGCUGAACUCUGGCGACCAGUUCCUCCUCGUGGUUCAGAAGCCCGGAGGUCACGGCCGCAGCAACAGUCUCCCCCCGGAGCAGGGGAGUGAGGCUGACUCGAGUGAUUCCGAAAUGUCCGUCCGAACUGUCGUCCACAAGGAUGUUGCAGGAAAGGUCAAGUUCUUUGAAAAACGAGCUCGACGUAACUCCAGGUCGUCAGAGAGGCAUUCCUCCCGCGGAAGCCGCCUCAAUAUUGACGAGGUUCCCCAUUACGCAACUCUUCCAUCACGCCUGAAACAACAGUCUCAGAACAAACUGUUUUCACCCAACUACCUGCCUGAGAGGUCGGUCUCAUCUGUCAAUUUAGCAAACAAGGGGGAAUUAUCGUGGCGAAUUUAUGACAAGGCCAAUCCAGUGAGCUCUUCCUCGAUUCAGCGUCUGUCUGAUCUGCCAAAAGACAAGCGAGAGCAAGUGGAUCCCACUUCUCACUCUCGCUCGUACCUUUACCACGUGAAGACCGGCGACGUGAACCGCCUAAAGGAUCGCUUCGAGAGUCCUGAGGAUGCCCGUCGCCGCGCGCGCUCACUGCCGGACAUGAACGGUUCUCUGUCUCGUGUCACGCCCUCGGGGAAGACUGUGGUACGAGGCCAGGAGGCAGGGGACGUGCAGUACAUGCGCGCCAAGUACGAAGCACCCAGGCGAUCGCGCAGCCCCGAGCGAUGGCAGCCGAGUCGCGACGAAUACUUGCCCAAAUCUAAGCUGACAAACACCCUUCAGUCCCUGGCUUCCCGUUCGCCAGCAUUCUGCGAGCCAGCGACCGUGGAGAGGCUGGCACGCCGUGACUCCGUCGAGAAAGCCGUGUUACGGCGCGUCCACACGGGGAAUGUGGAAGCCUCCGUUGAUCGCUUGGAGAGCCAGCAAACAGGGUCCGGUGUAUCUAUUAUCGGCCAGAUGUACACCUCUGCGCCCUCGGUAAAUGAACUGGCAAACAUAUCAACCUUGGUCCCCCCACGCCCGCCCCCACCGCUCAUGGGGCCACAGAAACCACAGCGAAUGGCGGUGCGAAGCAACAUCCAGCCGCUCCUGACGUCCACCCCGACGCCGUCUCCGCGAGACGCUCGGGCUGCACAUAAGCAGCGAGCCCUCCAGGUGACCGAGCCCGUGUGCUAUCCGCCCUCGCAGCUGCACCCGCCCCCAGGGGCCUCCACCACGUUCACCCGCUCGUCCUCCUCUGACUACAACGCCGACGCCCAUCGGCCCAAAUCGCGCUACGUCCCCCCCGAGUCGUACGGGUCCCCGGGGAGCGCCUCCCACGCGCGCGGGAGCUGGACCCAGUCCCUGGAGCGGCCUCACCGCGUGACCCGUGCCAUGACCAACACCAAUCCCCCCGCGCCCUCCCGAGGCAGUAGCCAUUGCUACACCCUGCGGCGGCACCACCAGGUGCACCACGCCCACCACACCCCCCGCGCCGAGCACCUCUCCCCCUCACAGCCUCAUCCCUACUCCAAUACCUACUCCCAGAUCACGAAGCCAUACCAACCUUACUCCCACAGUCCAGGACGAGACCAGAACUACAACAACAAGGUCGUCUCAUGGAAAGAAUCCCCCUACAAGUACGAGUCCGGGGAGGUGAACAUCCACUACCGCACUCCCGUGAGGAUUGAGCAGAAGGAGGCGAUUCCCGAGGAGGAGCUCGCCCGUCGCCAGGAGGAACACAUGAAGAAGGUGUACGAGCAAGAGCGACGCAAGAAGUACCUGGCCGAGCUGGAGGACAUCGAGCGCAGGAGACACACCGACAACUUCACACCCCUUCAGAAAUCUCCCAUUCCCUUGAACCGUUAUGACGAUGAGAGUAGCCUGGGGACUUUGCGGGGCAACAGAACUCCAGAGCCAAAGCAGGUUGCAAAGGCACUCUACAAUUUCACUGCACAAAACAAGAGGGAGCUAACAUUUAACAAGGGUGAUGUUAUCUUCAUCCGUCGGUCAAUAGACAAGAAUUGGUUUGAAGGAGAGUUGCGUGGAUCUGUUGGUAUUUUCCCAUGCAACUAUGUAGAGAUUGUGCCUUAUGAUCACAUGAAAACCCUGACAAGAAAACCAACUGAAGGACAGGCAAGAGCGAGAUUUAAUUUCCAAGCCCAAACUUCCAUGGAAAUGUCCCUCAGCAAAGGGGAGCUGGUUGUUCUGACCCGUCGAGUCGAUGAAAACUGGUAUGAGGGUCGAAUAGGCGCUCGUAAGGGUAUUUUCCCUGUCUCCUAUGUAGACACCCUGGUGGAACCAGGUCCUGACAGACCUUUGACUCCCAGCUCCUCGCCCAUGCCGCGGCCCGCUCUGCCUGCCGCUAAUCUGCUCUACAAUGGUGCCUCUUCCUACUCCAGCCCCUACUCUACCUUGGGUCGGCCAGGAAGCCAAAAUGAUUCCAGACCUUAUAACCAAUCCCUCACCGUCAACACUCAGCAAGAGCCCGUUGCAUAUCGAGCACUCUACAACUAUAAGCCCCAGAAUGAUGACGAGCUUGAGCUUCUGGAAGGAGAUGUGGUGCUAGUGAUGGAGAAGUGCGAUGACGGCUGGUUCGUAGGCACUUCCCGCAGGACUGGUCUCUUUGGCACCUUCCCCGGCAACUACGUGGAAAGGAUCUAAAAGAAAAAGAAGAAGCAAGAGAAUCUGAAAGCAAGGGAUUUUUAUGCCUGAUUCAUUGGUUGAAUUAUCGUUUUGCAUUACCAUUCUGUCUUGUGUGUGGGGGGCCUCUGGAAUUAUUCGGUAUGGGAGACCUUUUUUGUUUUUCUUUCUUUUUUUAAAUAUUUUGUAAACUCACCUUUUUAAGUGUGGAAGACCUGAGGGUAAUGUAGAAAAAGAUCCUGGCUUAUUUAGGAGAGUUCGAGACCCCAGUAGAUAUCAGUGAAUUUUUUUAUUGAGACUGGAAAAAGAGAUUCAUACUUUUUGAAAAGUUUUCAGGGUAAUUCUAAAUAUUCCAGGAUCUAAAGUGUGAAAUAGAGGUCCUUGUUACUGAAUACUGAAGGGCAGAAAUUUAUGAUUGUUAAUUAUGUACAGUGAGUGAGUGGUUUAUCCAUACAUUGAAUUACUAGUUUAUAGAUAGCAGUGAAAGAAAAUGGCAAGUUUUGCUUACAAGAUCUAAUUUUGUGCCAAUAUAUGAAUGAUGUUGAAAAUUCUGUAACAUCGCAAAAGAUUAUUUUUGUGACAAUUAUUUUCAGCUGCACAGACAAUCUUAUUUUGUUGUUUAUAACUUUGACAGAUCAUGAAUACCAGUGUCCCAUACACAAAUGUGUAUAAAUAUUGUUGUGUGUUAUGAAACCUAUUUCCUUGUCCAAGAAGAAAAUGGGGUAAACUACGUCCAGGUUUUGUGCAUAAGGCCUGUUGGUGCUGAAAUAUACCAUUUUAGCCUUUGCAGUUGUGUAUAUCAGAAAUAACAUAUAUAUAUGUGUCUCAUUUCUUCAUGUGGAUACAAAAGAUAGCUGUCCUUCAGUAUAGAGGCUCAUUCUUGUCAAAAUGUUUGGUAGUGAACACAAUAUGAGAAUCAUUUCAGGUUUUUGCACGUGUCUAGUCACACCCAAAGUGAAUUUAUUAAAAGAAAUUAUGUAGAUGUCUUGUUACCCUCUGCUGGUGCUUUCUUCUGAUGUAAUGAUCUGUUAUGAAAUAAUAAGUAGAAGUUUGUGGAGCAAAAGUGACCUGUUUAAUUUAUGGAGAUUAUUUCAGGAAUAAUGAUUUGCUCUAGAAACUUUGCAUUAUAUGCACGAUUUCCAGAUUUUUUCUUUUUUUAAUCUAUAAUGUAAUCAGUGCUUUCCUAAUACUACUCCUGUCUUUAUUGCCUCACUUUUCUGUUUCCUUUUUUUCUUUUUAAUUCACCUCAUUUUAGGCAUGAUAGAUAUUGGAGUGAAUAUGAAUAAUUUAAGACAUAAUGCCUUUCUCAAAUGUUAAAAGAUAAUGUUAAAUCUAUGCCUCGUUAGUUGUAACCAUUCUCCAAAUUAGAGUAUAUGAGUAAGUAUGUAAAAUAAUCAUCUCUGUAAAAAGAUUGGAUACUGUUCUACUAGAAAGGGAUGACAGAGGAUUCAUUUUGGUGGCAAAAGAAUAGCACUUGUUUUGAACAUAGGUGUGUGAAUCACCAACCUUUUUUGAUAUUUAAUGUAAUUUUACAUUUAAGAAAGUCAUUUUUUAUAAUUCCCAUUUUUAUAUUGAGAAGGUUAAACUGCAAAUGGACUCUUGCCUGUGUGUUUAGAUAUUUUCCGUUAUGUCACUGAAAUUCAUCUUAACAUUUCUGUUUUCUGAUGGGAGACAACAAGGCAGUGUGGUCAAAGAGAGUGUGGUCCUUCAUAUAUGACGAAGCAUUUAGGUUCGUACAAACUUUUAUAAGCAGACAUUUUCCAUCCAGGUUAAAGUUAGUAAAAUAGCCUUGCUUACUCAGCCUGUGCUGUGUUUAAGUAAUAAGAAAUCGGCCUGUGCUUCGUCUGUUUUAUAUGAACUCGGCCUGUGCUUCCGUAUUUAUCUUCCUCCUGUUACAGCCAAUAUUUUAUUAUCAUGGUUAAGUGCUGUUAGCAUUUAAGAGUUCUCUAGUUUAGCAAAAAACAAAAAACAAAUUAUCUUUGUAUUUAUUACACCAAAAAUCUAAUUCAGAUUAAUAAAAUGUUUGCUUGUGUUGAUAAAUCUGAUAUGCUCAACAAUUAUGAGUGUCGUGGUAUACUUUAUUGAGAGAACUUCACUUCCUCUAGCAGGUGUGUUGUUGUGUUGAAUGUUGAGACUCAUAAUUGCUAAACAUACCAUUUUUUUAAUAAUAGACUUUAGUUUAACAAGGCACACUACACUAAAUAGGUAGAAUUAAUGCUGGAAAGCGAAUGAGUUUUGCCUUUACAGAUAUUAUAUUACAAAUUUCAGAGUUGUAAAAUCAAGUGCCUUUUCAUGGUAGAGAAUGUAAUGUUUAGAUCAAAGGAGUUUGCCAGUAGCUGUCUUACCUCACAAUGCAUUAUUUACAUUUUAGCCCUGUGUCCCCUUAAAAAAAUAUAUUAAUAAAAAAAGGUUGUCUAAUGUCACCAAUCUGAAUCGCAAAAAAAAAUAUACAUAUAUAUAAAAAGGGGUAAUUGUGGGCUUCUUCACUUCUGUAUAAUUCUUUCCUGUUGUUAUGCACAAUUUACUUUAGCUAAUCAUGUAGGUAUAUGAUAAUAAAAUGGAACAAUAA